AUGGGUUACGUGCGACUUACAGGGGUGACAUAUGCCGACCCAGAGCUCGCAUAUGACACAUUUAUUCUCUUCACCGGUGCAGAUUCAUUCACGCGACUUAUCGAUCUUAAUGGUACAAUCAUCCAUGAAUGGACAUUUCCAGGCGUACCGCCACGAAUACUUGAUCCAGCCCUAACUAGAGGGCAGAAAGGAACCGUUGGUCUUCAACUCUCUGAAAGCGGCGAUGUUCGUGGUGGCAUCUACGCCAAUGGCUCAAUCGGCCAGCUAAAUUGGAAUGGUGACCGACUGUGGGAAUGGGGUAAAGAGGCACCAAGUGGUGCGGCGCGUCAGAAUCAUGACUGGCAAUUGCUUCCAAAUGAAAAUUGGCUGGUAUUAGUGACUGUACCUCGGGUAGUUGAAGAUCUUGGCCCGCAUGUCAUCGGAGAUCAAGGUCUCGUGGAGGUGAACCCCGAUGGAAAAGUUGUGUGGGAAUGGAGCUCUGGCGAUCAUAUAUCUGAUCUGGGAUUUUCUGAGCGUGGAUUAGAGUUGUUACGUGAGACUGUCGCGCGAGAUCCUGGUAAUCCAUGGGGGUGUCUGGAGAUGAAUAGCGCAUCGGCGCUGGGACCGAAUCAGUGGUACGAGAAGAACCCGGAAGUAAACUCGAUAUUUCACCCAGAAAAUAUUAUAGUCAGUUUCCGAAAAGCAAAUGUUGUCGGUAUCAUCGAUAAGACAACAGGUCGAAUUGUGUGGCGUUUAGGACCUUAUUUUGACGAGAAGUCCGGGGACCAGCAUCAACGGAUACUGCGACACAAUGUACCACGGCCUCUGGAUCAAAUAUCUGGUCAACAUAAUCCCCAUUUCAUUCCUAAAGGUCUUCCAGGAGCUGGCAAUAUACUCGUUUUCGAUAACCAAGGAGGAGCUGGCUACCCGCCUGCAGCCCUGGGAAUAUACGCUGGCUCCCGUAUUCUCGAAAUUGAUCCAACCACUAAGCAGAUAGUUUGGCAAUACACCGCAGAAGACUCUGGUCUGCCACCCUGGACGUUCUUUAGCUCUUUUGUGAGUAAUGCACAGCGUCUACCGAACGGCAACACGUUGAUCACCGAAGGUAUGAAUGGCCGUAUUUUUCAGGUAAACGCUGAGGGCAAAGUUGCGUGGGAAUUUUACAGCCCACACUACGGAUAUGGGGUGGCAGGAGAACCCGAAGUGACUAAACCACGUGUUGAAGGAGUCGAUAGACUCAGCCUUACACCAUUAGUGUAUCGUUCACAGGCCGUGCCAGAUGAGUGGGUGCCGGCUGGGUUGAGGAAAUCAGCAGUGGUACCUGUAGAUAAGUCUUGA